CAGAGCGCCCCUUAAUGGUUCCCUUAACUGCCUCCCACCCGCCAUAUAAGGAAAUGAUGGGAGCAAGGCAUGUGACAGCUUUGUAGCCCCAUCAGUGCCACCUGUCAGUGUCCAUCAAUGCCAGCUGUCAGUGCCCAUCAGUGCCACAUCAAUGCCACAUAUCAGUGCCUACCAGUGCAGCUGCCUUUCAGUGUCACCUAUCAGUGCCAGUCAGUGCCACCUUUCAAUGCCAGUCAUUGCCACCUAUCAGUGUUGCCAAUCAGUGCCACCUAUCAGUGU